AUGUCCCAACAAACAGAUCUUCAAUGGCAACAAGUAAGUCCCGGUCAUUGGGAGCGUGGCAUCGACGAGGUCGAGCAGUUUUACACCUCCCUGGCGAAAGCGUAUCAAGGCAGCGGGCGGAACUUCUUCACCAUCACGGGGUUCGUCCCAUUCUCUGUCAAGGCAGAUGAUAGUGUUUGCAAGCAGGAAACAGCCAGAAAAGUUGAACAUGCCCUGCGGAAGGCAUGGGUGCAUCUGCGUUUUGACCACCCGACCAUUGCUUCGUGGGUAGAAUGGGACUGCGAACGCCAGCGCUGCAAAAAGAUAUAUGAAUCUCCCGCCGGGCAGGAUUCCCUUCAGUCCUGGGUGGAGAUAACCUUUUCCACCGUGUCAGACGGUACUUCCGGGCUCGACUGGUGUAAUUCAGAUCCUCCAGUGCCUAAGCUACCGACUCUCUUUCUGAUCUGGUCAUCUCCUCGCGGUGAAGGACCACUCCAGGGUGAUCUUGUGCUCCGUGCCCGUCACGACAUCAUCGACGGCGUUGGGACUUUGAUGUUAUUCGAUAAUCUGUUUGCGCACGCGUCCAGAGCCUACGAGCGAGCGUCAGAUUAUCCUCUUCCUCGUUUUGGUACGGAAUACGCAAAUUUGAGUCCCCCGUUCCGUGUAGCUGCGGCGCUGCAGCCAAGCAUGUCUCCCGAGCAAAGGGAAAGAUUCGAGUCGACCAUGGCAUACAACGCCUUCAUGAAGCACGAUCGUAUAGGAGUUGCCAGCGUCCCCUUCAGGAAGGGAGAACGCCUACCGGGAAAGCAUCAGAGGCUUGCGAUCACUCUUCCCAUCCAGCAAACCACGGCGAUUCUCAGCGCCUGUCGACGGCUAGGCCUGAGUGUAACGCAUGCAUACCAUGCAGCGAUUGCGAUGGCGGUGCGGGAUCUUCAGGAUCGGCGGGAUAGCGAACGCCUAGUGAGAUAUGUCAACUACAGCCUGAUCAACGAGCGCGGGAAUUGCUUGAGCCCGUACGAUACUUCUCUCCAUGCAGCGGCGGUCUACCACUCUGUUUCAUGCAGGCUGCUCAUUGUUGAUACCACGGUUCCGAGUAUAACUGACAGCUCGAGCGCGGCAGAGGUGAACAGGGAGGAGUUUCUAAGGAUCACAAAGACUGUCAGGGAGUUCUACCUGGGGAUUCGGAAGGACAAAGAUCAUAUCCAGAUGAUACCCUCGUGGUUCGCCAGCAACACCAUCCCCUACCCGCCUGACGACGCCACGCCCCCAGUCCCAGAACCGAAUCAAUCGCCGUCGGUUUCAAUCUCCGGCUUGGGUGUGGUGGACAAUGUGAUCAGCCCGUCGCAUGGGGCAUUCGAGCUGGCAACGCCGUGGGUGACCGGUGAGGAACUAGGGACGGGUCUCGGCCUGUUCCUGGGGACCUGGAAGGGGGAGUUGACGCUGAGUGCGGCAUACAAUGAUGCAUGGCAUGAUAAGGAAGAGGUAGUGAGGUUUAUCGAGCGAUGCAACGUUAUCGUGGUCCAGGGGCUUACAUUGUGA